UGGGGCAGGGGAGGGAGGUGAAGACGGGGAGGGCACCGCGGGUGUCGCAGCCCGGUGGAGCCUCUGCCGCUCUGCUCUGACUUUGGGCGCGUUUAAGCGUGUCCGGGGGAGCGGGCUGAGCCAGCGCCCAGCCUCCCUGCUGGUGUCACCUCCUUCCAGAGCCUGCGCAUUCCGCAUGGAUGCAAGGGGCCUCGUCCCAAAUGUUACGGAAGACUUUAAGAAAAUGGAUUACAGCAACUGGCAGAGGAUAGAAGCAAAGGAGAAGAAAUCUGCAGCCCGCAAGUUGACUUUGCCACCGAUCACAAGCGAGGGCAAGAAGAAGAAAGGAAAGAAAAACAAGCCAGUUACAUUUAGGUUGAAUAAAAAUCCACCUUUGCCUUCGAAGACGUUACCUUCCCAAGAGAAAUAUGGAAGUUUUACUCAGAGGAAAUCAUCACUCAAGGAUGCUGAAUUAGCUAAAAACUUGGAAGAUAUCAGAAUUAUCAAGCAUCUGACCAAGCUGAAGAUAAAUUUCAUAGAGGAACUGAAACAGCACAGUGCCUACCUGGCAGAGACCAACUGCAGGUUGAUCGAGGACAUUCAGCACACUGAUGAGCGCACUGCCAAGCAAGCCAGAGACCUGCUGCAGCAACAUGAAUUAUUUGGGACGGUCAAGGCAACGAUGCAGAACUUCACUCAGAACCGGCUGGAUACAGCAAGAGCAGAAUUCCAAGAAAUGGAAGAAAAAAUGGAAAAGAAUCUGGGAAAACUACAGCGGCAGCUGGAUGAAGCCACUUCAAAGGUGCAGGUUCUCCAGGAUGAACUUCACGUGCUGCAGAACUACAUGGACAGGGAAUAUCCAGCAAAAGCUGUCCAGAUAGCCUCUCUGCUGCACAAGAUCCAGAACCUCAAGGAGCAACAGCAGCAUGAGAUAGAUGAGACAGAAGCACUGGGGAAAGCCUUCCUGGAGGAACUGGAAGUGAAACUGCGGGUGGAACAGGAGGAGAUAUUAGACAGAGCCGUGGAGGAGGUUUUACUGCACCAGGAUGGCCUGAGGCAGCUGUUUAUGAACAACCACCUUCUGCAGUGCGAAGUGCAGAGGCAGAGGGAGAUUAUUAAAGACAUGGCAGAGGAGAUAAGUGAGCUGAAAAGAAGCAUCCAGACACUGCAACAGAGCAUGGGAGACCCAAGAGAGCUCAUCUUUGCUGACGUCCUCCUCCGCAGACCCAAACAUGACCUUCAAACCUGCACCCAGCCCGGAAUAUGAACUCGCAGCUUAUGUUGGGUUUGGCUUGGGAAGACAGCUGCAGGGUCUGGCGGUCUUUGCUGGUAACAGCUAGGAACUAGCCGUAACUCUGAUACCGAUGCGCUGUCAGCCUUGGUCACGUCGUACCUCUCUUCUGUGUUUCGCUUUGUCCAGCCUGUAACGGAGAUAAUUCGUGACUGCAGCAGGGAACAGGCAGGAGCCGCAGAGCUUUACAAGGCCCAUGUGACUACAGCAACUCUUCCUUUAUUGUUCUUUUUACUUCAUGAUUGAGAAACAAAACUGGGAGCGGAGGGGGCUUUAUAGGAGCAUUGCCAUCAAGGCAGGUCCUACCCAUCUAGAGAUGCUUUGGCUGGUGAUUUGAAAUCCCACUAGCACUCCGUGAGAACAAAGACAGGCAGCCAUUUCCCUAAUAUGCAAAAAAAGUGUGUCAGAGAGGUUGGUUGGCAGCAAAAAGGAAAAACUUUUUUAUCUUUCUCCCUGCUCGCUCCCGGUCCUAGUUCACUGGUAGCUAAUGACUUCCAGACUGGAGGCUGUGGGUAAUCGCCACUCCUGCUUAACAGUGUGCACCGGGCUGAUCUUGGAUGUGAAAAAUACAAAGCACACAGCAAAUCUUCACUUAUAUGCUGAUGUGGAGAAGACUCCGCCAGCUCCUUCACAGAAACAUCAGGCUCUUGUCCCCAGGGUCCAGCUCAGACUGGCCAAGUGUGCAGGCUGGAAGCAUACCAACAGCCAGCUGUGGCAAAUUCUUUUCCGCCGUACCUACGGCAGGAGCCUGUCCCACAAAACUGCGGGCUGAAGGCGUGUGCUGCCCGUUGUCCCGUGGCAGCGGGGCGCUGCCCAAGGUACAGACCGUUCAGAGCUGCCUGGGUGCCUUGGCUUUCUGUGCUGUCAGACUGCCCAGGAGCACAAAAUGAGCAAAAUUGGGUCAAAUAUGUUUUAAUCUUGGGUAUACGGUAGCCUGAAACCUGUUGUUGUGUGCACAACAGCAUGCACACCUGCACAUUUAUUUACAGCAAUGGCCUGUGCAAAUCGCUCACGGGUACAGAGAUGUCUGUUAAUGGAGUUACUCCUUUUCAGCCUACGGUGUAGACUAGCUCCUCAGCUGCUCUGCACUUCACACACACAGAUUAGUCACAGAGAAGGAAAAUACAACCCUUUGCGGUGGCACAAACUCACUCAGCAAAGCAGUGGUGGUGGAGACAGUAAGAGAGGCUGGAUCCGCCCCCCCUCCAAGGCCGGGGUCUUAAUUGCAAGCCCGAUAGGGCUGCAGGACUGCGGAGACAUGAUCUGAAGCAGAAGGAAAGCCUGGAACAUGUCAGGAGACUGUGGUGAGCCGAACAACUGCAUGAUGGAUUGAUGCAACUUAAUUUUUUCAGAUAAAAGAACGAUAAAAAAAGGGAAUUAAUUAGCCUCGACAGCUGGUGGAGCUGGGGUUACUGAGGGUGGCUGGGAAAAGAGUUAAAAAUAGCAGAAAGGCCCAAGCGGAAAGUUUCUGUAACAUCACAAGUCCGGCAUUUGGUGCUUCCCGCCCCUGGCAGGUGGCAGCCCGUGCAGAGCCCCCACCACCAUCUCAGCCGUUUCCCACUGACCUCCCUGCAACUUUUCACACGACUUCACCAGUCCCUCCAUUUUCUAAUUAACCCUUUGGUUCCAGACACUGAUUUGCUUCUGGAAAGAGCAAAGUUAGCCAUAAGCCGGGUUCAGCGAGAAGGUGGUCUGGGUAUUAGGGAGCGUGGCAGUGGGGGGCUCCAGCGGGCUCUGCUCGGGUUCACCGUACACGGCUGGCAGGGCGUGUGAAGCCCGGAGGAGCUCUGAGCCCCCGCGUAUCCCUUCAUGUCUGCAUUUCAGUUUCCCCUCUUUCAAAAUCCGUUUGCUUCAAGUGGCCUGGGUUGGAUUUCCCUAGCAGCUUCAAGCCCUGCACUGGGGCGCUCUGGAAGCCUGGUUCAUCCUGGGCUGACCCGGAGGCUGAUGAUUACACCUCUGAGCAAGCGCAGACGACCACGUUUGCCUGCUCUUCGCAAGGAAGCAGAUGUGAGCUCUGAGGCUGCUCUGGCACCGCUCGUCUGCUGUUUGUCUUCUGGGACGGACAGCGAGGGGCAGCCGAUUUCCUUCCAUUUCCCUCACAGUUCUGUGGGUUACGUCUGGUUCUGCUUCUCCAGAAAGGUCACCAGGCACCCGGCCUCCCUCGCGGAGCGCCUGGUAUCCCACGAGUGUGGUCGAGGAAACGGCCACGAGCUGGACCCAGGCUUUGAGCUGGAGCCUGCAUUUCCCUGUCAUGGGAAGCCUGGUUAGCAGCCAGAGCGGACUGUUACGGGGGAGCCAGAAGUAAAGCAGAGCGGUGCUGGGGUGGGCUGGGGAGCUGGACGGGGCUUUGGUUCAUGCGGAACAAGAACCUCGUCUGGUUUUGAAGGGCUUUCGCCUGUUGCCUGCUUCGUCCUGCUGUCUCACAAAGCAGAUGUCAGGUCCGUCCCCACUGGAAACGUGUCCUGGAGCCCAGGAACAGGGACAAGGGGUGACGCACACAAACACAGCGCAGGCUUCCUCGCCAUCCGCCUCCUGCCCUCUAACGAUGGGGCUGUCUUACGGGGAGUAAAAGCCUCUGAGGUCUGGCUUGGCUACGCAGAGCAUCCGAGAAGAGUCACCACCUCUUGCCCUGGUUGCAAAGCGUUUCUGCUGCUCACCUCCGUGCUCCUCUGAGCCAGCUGGAGCACGGCUCUUUACUCCCGGUCUGCGGUUUGCUUUGCCCCUCGUAACUCUGCUCUCUCU